AUGGAGAGAGACAGUGAAAGCAACGAAUAUGGCAGGCCUCGUCGAUACGAGAAUGAGGAUACUACACCGACCAGCGACCGCGAGCUAAAGGGUUGGUACUCAUAUGGUCUGGCUGCCGAGAUCUUCGCUGUAGCUGGUGUUGGUUCAUUUCUUCCAGUAACUCUAGAGCAGCUUGCGAAAGAACGAGGUGUUCUGCGAUCUGACCAUGUCACUCCCUGCGUGAAACCAAAGUCCGCUGUGGCUGAGACCUCACACUUACUCUUGCGAGCUGCUACCCGUGCUACCAACGACAAGAACGAGAGCCAAUGUGUUGUCCAACCCUUUGGAAAAGACAUCUCAACAGCCUCAUUCGCCAUGUAUACCUUUUCGAUUGCUGUCCUUGUACAAGCAAUUGUACUGAUAUCCUUCAGUUCUGUCGCUGAUCAUGGAUCAUAUCGUAAAAAGCUCCUGCUGGCAUUUGGAUGCAUUGGCUCUGUCUCGAGUAUGCUUUUUAUUGUUGUGUCUCCAAGCAUAUACCUCGUGGGCCCAGUCCUAGUUAUCCUGGGAGUUGCAUCGCUCGGCUCUUCAUUCGUGCUGUUGAACUCCUUUCUUCCGCUGUUGGCUAGCAACCAUCCAUCAGUUGUCUCUGCAGAGGAACAAGCAGGUUCCCUUUCGGCAAGUGUUGAUAUGGUCGAACCUGAUGGCACUUACUCACCAGCACCCGACGGACAGCAAUCUGGUAAGCAGACUUCACCAGCACUGGCUCUUUCCAACAAGAUUUCGGCCAAAGGUGUUGGACUUGGCUAUACUGCUGCAGUAUUGGUACAAGUCUGCAGCAUUGGACUGCUCUUCGGUCUGGGAAAGGCGAACUUCUCUUCACAAUCGAUUCCUCUGAGGAUAAUCUUGCUCUUUGUCGGAGUGUGCUGGGCUGUUGGUUCCAUUCCCGGUGCUCUCUGGCUUCGUGAUCGACCCGGACCUCCCCUCAAGAGUCUCAAUAACCGACAUGGCAAAUUAGGUCAAAUUUUCGCAUACUUCGUCUUCGCAUGGUCCUCGGUGUGGAGAACUGUCAAACAAGCAGUCAAGCUACGUCAGACUGUCAUUUUCUUGAUCGCGUGGUUCUUACUAUCGGACUCUAUUGCCACUGUGUCAGGCACGGCUAUUCUGUUCGCCAGAACUGAGCUGAAGAUGAGCACUGUCCAAAUAGCUAUUCUGUCAAUCACAGCCACAUCGUCUGGUAUUGCUGGAGCUUUCACAUGGCCAAUCAUCUCACGCCGUUUUCAACUGCACACACAACAGACCAUUAUAGGAUGCGUUCUGCUGAUGGAGAUUAUCCCAAUCUACGGCCUCAUCGGCUAUCUUCCCUUUGUCCAAUCUUGGGGCGUGGGAGGUCUGCAACAAGCUUGGGAGAUAUAUCCCUUAGGCGUGGCACACGGUUUUGUCAUGGGUGGUCUAUCCUCGUACUGUCGCUCCUUUUACGGUCUCAUCAUCCCUCCAGGUAGCGAAGCGGCCUUCUAUGCUCUAUAUGCUGUCACCGACAAGGGCAGUUCGGCCAUUGGACCAGCUAUUGUGGGCUGGAUUGUCGAUGUUGCUGGCACAAUUCGACCUGCAUUCGCAUUCUUGGCUGUGUUGAUCGCGCUGCCGAUUCCUCUCAUCUACAUGAUCGAUACUGAGAAGGGUCGGGCUGAUGCGCUGGCUAUGGCUGGUCUGAGAGGCAAGUCUACGGAUUAUGAUAAUGAUGCUAGAGAGCUUGGCGGCGAUGAAGAAGAUGCCGAGCCGUUCCUGGCACAGCAUGAACGCCUCGAUUAA